AUGGCGCUCAAGUCGGUCUGGCGGGAGGCUGCGCGGCACAAGAAGAGCGGCGGGAGCGGCGGCGGGGACGGACACCGAAGGAUUUGGUUCGAGCGCGACGUGCUCCUGGCCCUGCGCCACCCGCUGCUCCCCGCCUUCCGCGAUGUCCUCGCCACCGACGCCGUCGUCGGCUUCGCCAUCGACCGCUGCGGCGGCGGCGACCUCAACUCCCUCCGACGCCGCCAGACCGAGAAGAUGUUCUCCGACUCCGUCAUACGCACCGUCUUAUUCUUCGCGGAGCUGGCGCUGCUGCAGUAUGGUCUAGUGCAGUCCAAGCCCUCCAUGGUCGCCGCGACUGCUGUCUACGCGGCCAGGCUCCCCCUAAAGAAGACCCCUCUGUGGACCGACACUCUGAAGCACCACACUGGCUUGACUGAAGCACAGCUGAUGGACGCGGCCAAGAUCCUGGUGGCCUCGCACUCCACCGCGCCUGACAGCAAGCUGAAGGUCGUCUACAAGAAGUACUCGAGCGAUAAGCUGGGAGGAGUCGCCCUUCCAGAUUAGAUCAUGCUUGGCUACUCGACAAUGUAUUUUGGUCUGUAGAUGCAUCUUAUUCUUGUUGAGAAUCGUUUGGAUGUAGAUCUAUUUUUACCUGUUAAUCUGAUUUAGUUUAGGACUAAAUGCUUUGUUGUUUUUGUAGUAUUAGUCAGAUUUAGUAAUUGUUUUUUUGUUUUUAA